AUGAAUCGGUCUAAUUAUCUUAGCACUCUGAUCUCAAGAACGUUUAUUAAUGAAUGUCCAAAUGGGCUGAUCACUCUUCAUGAGCAUUUCCACAAUGGAACAGUGGGUAGUGAGGCAGCUGAAUAUGCAGAACAGGUAUUCCGCACACUGGAUAUUAAUGGGGAUGGGGUGGUUGAUUUCAGAGAGUACAUCAUGGCCAUCAGAAUGCUUUUUGAAGGUUCAGCUGUGGAGAAACUGCUGGUCAUUCAAGCUUUGUGACAGAUGGGAGAUGCGACCAUUUCAAGGGAGGACACGCUGGAGAUCAUGCAGGCUGUAUAUAAAACGUGUGUAGACACUGCUUUAACCAAACCCAACCCACUCACAGCUGAAGAAUGUACCAACAGGAUAUUUGUGAGAUUAGAUAAAGACAAUAACGCCAUCAUCAGUCUGCAGGAGUUGGAUGAUGACUGGAUCAGAGAGAUGCUUGAAUGUGACCCCAACACAGAGGAGGUGGAGAGGCCCCUGAGGAAGGAUACUGCUUUGGGGACCCUUGGCUGA